AUGAGUAAGGCUUUUGAUACCGUGAAGAGAGAGACCCUAUACCAAGAUCUCCGUGAGAUACUCCAACCAGACGAACUCCACAUGAUGACGAUUCUAUUGAAGGAUGUCACACUGAAUGUAAAAGUCGGACGCGAAGUAGGAGCAGAAAUAAAGACUAACAUAGGUGUCCCACAAGGAGACUGCGCCAGUCCAAUCGCCUUCACGCUAUACCUUGCUAAAGCCCUAAAACCAGAACGGACAGAUAUCCCACUAGAACACAACUACGCACAAACAGUAAAGACAGCCGAAGAACUCCAACCAGACCAUCUCAAAGAUCACACUUAUGCCACACCCACAGACACAUAUAUGGAAAUAGACGAGCAAUAUGCCGAUGAUAUCAACUGGAUCACCACAGCCCAACACAAAAGAACAGAAAAAGAGAAGAUCGUCCCGAAACAACUCAAGAAAAGAAAUCUAAACGUAAACGAAACAAAGACUGAGAAGCAUACCAUCACAAGAAACGGAAAUGAUGAAUGGAAACGAUGCAAACUGCUCGGGAGCCUACUAGACACAGAAAAAGACAUAAAACGAAGAAAAGGUUUGACCAUCAGCACCUUCAACAAACUCAAGAACAUCCUACAAUCCUCCAAAAUCGAUCUCAAAACCAAACUCCGAGUAUUCAACACCUACCUCCGAAGCAUAUUCCUCUACAACUCAGAACUAUGGACCCCAACCGCCAAACUUGAACAAGAAAUUGAUGCCUUCCAACGUACCCUACUAAGAAAAUUACUGGGAAUUAGAUGGCCACAAAGGAUUUCAAACGAAGACCUCAAUAAGAAGACACAACUAGAACCAUGGUCCCAAGACACCAAAAGAAGGAGACUGAGCUGGUUCGGCCACUUGCUUCGAUUGAGUGAAGACACCCCAGCCAGGAAAGCCUUAGCCGAAUCAAUGCGAACAAUCAAGAAACCACGUGGGCGACCAAAGCUCACGUGGCUAAAACUCAUAUACCAAGGUCUGAAACUCCAACCAAACCAUGACAUUCAACAUUUGAGUAUUCUGGCUGCGGAUCGGCAGCAUUGGAACGGUGUGAAAGAGGGCGCCAUGUCCAAAUAG